CAAGCUCAAACAAAACUAUUCUCUGACCAAACAAUCCCCAAAGAAACAACAACGGAAAUAGAACCACCACCACCACCACCAACAUCAUUAGGCCACUUCAACCGCUUCCCCCUUGAAAUACGCGAGAUCAUAUGGGCCAACCUGCUCCAUGCAGGAGAAGAUGGCUGGUGGGGUCGAAAACCCCAUAAAACAGGCCUCUCCAUCCUCCGCGCAAGCAAAUAACCUCCGUCGCGAGCUUCUCAAGCAACGCUUCACAUACAGCACACCAACAAAAAACCCUCCAUCUGCAUUCGAACAAGAAAUGCUCCGCAUAGCAAGAUCAUGCCCCGACUUGAUGGAAAAAUACGACCCCGAAAUGAAAAUCCUCACAGCAAUUCAACGCAUUGUAGUAUGCGCCUACAACCAAACUAUCCAAGGCGGCAUAACCCCCUCCUCUACUCCAAAUAUCAACUGGAACCACAGGGCAUGGGAGAUGGUCGAUGGACAUUUCUUCUGGGAAGCGGGUGUGUCACCGAUUGAAUGGGAUGACUAUGAGGAUGAAGACGAGCAUGAAGAGGCGGCUAAUGUUGAUCCUCAUUAUGGGAGGUUUAAUUCCAGGGCUUAUGAGAAGUGUUUGCAGAGGGCGAGGGGUUCGAGGUUUGUGGUUAUGGGAUAUUCUGUGCAGGAUUGGUUGUGGUUGAAGGAGGAUCGGGAUCGGUAA